ACUUAGGUUAUUUAUCAUUUUGAUAUGCAGCCAAAAAUCUGCAAGGAAUGUUGGGUUGUGGUUCAUGUAGAGGAAAAUUGCAAAAGAUUAGCUCAAGAACAUAAAGUGGAGGCAAUGGAUGAAACUAGGUUUGCUGAGUAUAGCCAAACCGAAGAAGGAAAAGCUUUUUUGGCAGGAUAUAUCUUAGAAAAGGGUGUUGAUAGUAAUAUGGAGAUGGCAUUGAACCAAAAUGCCAUCGGGAAAGACUUUUCUUCAGAAUCGGAGACAUCAGGUAAAGGUGAAAUACGAAAGAGUAAGAGAGUUACGGAAGAUGGAAUUCAAAAUCUCUCAAACCCAAAUAGCUCAGCUUAUCAAUCAUCUCACAACAACCCAAUCUAUCAAUUAGAUGAUAUCAAUAUUGAAGAAACUGGAAUGGACGGAAGCAGAAAUGACAUGGAUUCGGAGAUGGAUUACCACAAUUAUGGAGGAAAGGAAGCAAUGGACAAUUCUUCCAACCAGGCUGAUAGGAUGAUUACACAAAAUCAACAUGGGGGGUCUGCAAAUUCUUUGGGACCUGUGUUGGAGCAGCCAUCAUUCAAGCUGUAGUUUCUGAUGAAGAACAAGCUGAGACUGUAGCAGCAUAUGACUCAAUAACGAUGGCACAAGUGAAAGGAGUGCCAAAACUGCACCUGGAAGGAGAUAAUCCAAAUGUAAUAAAUGCCAUAAAUGGCAGUGUAGGUUCUGUCAAAUGGACAAAUAAGAGUAUUAUUAAGAAUUGUAAGAUUUUAUUGAGAACCUUUAACCCAUGGGUCUGUACUCAUGUUGUUAGAGACCUAAAUGGCGUAGCUGAUAAUCUAGUAAAAAAAGGCCAGGACUGGUAGCAUAACUAGUGAGUUUUGGAA